AUGGACCCCACAGACGAGAAGCAAGACGUCCUUGGGCUGACAUUUCUGGGCUGCCUACUGUCUGCGGCGCCCUUUGCGCGCGCUCAGAACCCGGGACAAUUCGACCGCCUAGCUGGUGGAAACUCUGGAUUCACGGGCCUCAUUGGCGGCGCGGGAUCCGCGCCCUCAGCCGCUGCCGCCCCGCCGCCGCAGGCCUGCCAGGGCGCCGGCGAUGCCAAGGUCGUAAUCCAGGCCAUCAGGCCAGUGCCAGGCCCCAACCAGGCGCCCUCCGUCACCCUGCGCAACGUCGGCGCCAAGACCGCCAACCUGACUGGCUACACCCUCUCCACGCCCCUCUCGUCCGACGUGCUGCACAUCGCAGACCGCCGGGAGUGCGCCGCCAACGCGACCCUCGAGCCGGGACGACUCAUCACCUUCACGCCGCGCUCUGAGACCAACCCCUGCGGCUUCCCGUUCGCGCUCAACGCCACUGCCACCGUGCGCCUCUCCGACCCUGCAAACAACACCCUCGCGGAGACGGCCUGGACCGACGAGGCGGCCGGCUCCCAGCUGGUGCGCCAGGACGACGGCUCCUACGCGCGCGUCAACCCCGGCCGCAACAUCCUGCAGCUGCUGGAGGACCUCGGGCAGUUCAACACGCUGCUGGCAGCAAUCAAGGCGACCAAGCUCGACGCCGCGCUGUCCGCCGCCAGCGACCCUGCCUACACCGCCCCCAAGGUCGACGACGACUCGGCGCCCGUCAACCUCGAGUUCCCCUGGUGGUUCGGCUACAAGGCGCCGCCGCCGCCGUCGCCGUCGCCGUCCCCCGCGGACGCCGCAAAGCCCGCGCCCGUCGGCAUCCCUGCCGCGGGGCCCUACACCAUCCUAGCCCCCACGGACGCCGCGUUUGACCAGCUGCUGACCCAGAUGGGCGGCGGCGUAAAGCUGCCCGAGAGCGCACUGCUGGCGCGGCUGGAGCUCGUCGACAUUCUGCAGUACCAUGUACUCCCCGGGAUGUUCACCAGCACCUACCUGCGUAACAACACGCCCGUCUUCACGGCCAAGGGCGUGGAGGUGGUCCCCUUCAUCGACGGCUGCCAGACCGGCGGCGCCAUCAAGCUGCACGACUCGUGCAUUGACAAGCCGACCCCCGACAACUACACCUGCAAGGAGCAGAAGGUGUUUGAAAAGUGCGACUUCCCCUUCAUGACCAGCGCCCUGGCCGCGCAGUGGCAAGGCGGCUUCUGCCAGCGCACCUGCGGCCGCUGCAGCUGCGCGCCGGACAGUGGCAUCAACUGCGCCUCGCGCGUGCCCGCAGGGCACACAUUCCUGGGCCACUCCUAA